GUGCGGGGAAACGUGUUGAAGUGUUGUGGCCUGAGAGACAAUAAAAAACAUCACGUUCUCAACCAGCGACUCCGGACCGUUUUGUCCUGCCACAACGUAAGCCUUAAGUCUUCCGGGAUACAGUAGGCCAUCUGGAUUCAGGACUGGGGACAGACCUUGGAUGGACCCAUCACCCCAGUGAAAGGCAUCACGACUGGAACCGACUGUUGUGCUUCAAGUCAAAGCAUCUAGACACUGAAGAUGGAAGAACAACUGAUCUUACUGAGCCUUCUCUCACUUGCCUGUCUCUCAGCUAGCCAGGACUGCUCUCCUGCACUUUUGGAGAAUACCGACUUCCCAGGAAGUGACGUCGCAAAUGUCUUCGCCGCUGAUGCUGUACAUUGUCAGAAUCUGUGUACCCAGCACCCAGGUUGCAGCUUUUUCACCUUUGUUCAACCUAAGUCGGCAAACAGUCACUUCACAUGCUACUUGAAGGCCACCGAGUCUGGACAACCUACUGUGCAGAGACCUCGUAACGGAGGAGUGUCUGGUUUUUCCCUGAAGCCCUGCCAGCCACACAACCCAAGUCCAUGUAUGCUGAACGUGUUCCCCAACGUCGACUUCCCGGGGUCAGAUUUUCGGUCGUUGUUCACUUAUGACUACAAAGAGUGCCAGAGGGUCUGCACAGACGAACCAGGCUGCCAGUUCUUUACGUUUACCACUGAGCUUGACUCAACACGGGACCAAAGAUUCAAGUGCUACCUCAAAUUCAGCUGGAAUGUACCAACGCCACUUGUGAUAAAUAAAAAGGAGGGUGUCAUCAGUGGAUUUUCAGAUGUGCUGCAAAUGGAACUGUCCAACAAGCCAGAUUGUCAGUCAAACCCAUUCAUAAACCUGGACAGCCCAGGAAACGACAUAUUGGAGAUGCCUGCUGUCUGUUUCGAACAUUGUCAGGCACUUUGCACUGCUCAUCCCCUCUGUACAUACUUCUCUUAUAUGAGCACUACAUUCGCCUGUUAUCUAAAGAGGAACACUAACACAUUUGUGUUGACCGCAAAAGCUUCAACCUCCACUGGACUUCCGACUCGAUCCUGCAGGGCGAGUAAUGACUGGUUGAAAGUCAAGUAUCAUGGAGCAGCAUUUCCUCGUAUUGACCUCAGCUGUAAGAUGGCUUCAAAUGUCGAUGACUGCGCCACACUCUGCAACGAGGAUCCCAACUGUCAGUUCUACACUUACCACACAGACGACGGUCCCCCAUUGACUCGGAGAAGAUGCUAUUUGAAACGCGCCAUCACUUUGCCUGCUCCUCCAAAAGUUGCCAUUAAGUCCAACGUCAUCUCAGGCUUCUCUUUGAAGAGCUGUGUUUGAAAGUGAAAAGUCUAUUACCUGAUCAAAACACUGCUUCAUAAGGACUUAUGAUCAUGUCAUGAGUAUUAUGCACAGUUGUUGUUUGGGAGUCCUCAUUGGAUUUCUCCUGAGCAUUAUGUGCAGCAAGGAAUUCUCACUGUUAAUUUCAAUAUUAUAGUACUGAAAUAAAAAUUGUCACGCA